GGCGGUAACACAGCGCACUUGUACACAGUGGUUCAGGAAGUAGUCAGUCAGCUGAUCUGUGAUUUUUAAAGGACGCAAUUUCUGCUGCGCAACAAACGCCGGAGCGUGAAUUUCUAACUAAUCGCUGGUGGAGAGAAAACACCAACAUGUCGGUGACAGUAAAGGCUUACCUCCUCGGGAAAGAGGACUGUCAUAAGGAGAUCCGCCGCUUCCCCAUCGAUCAGGACGUCUCGACAAGUUUCGAGUACUUGAAUCGCAAGGUGGUGGAUGUUUUCGCAAACCUGCGCAAUAUCUCCUUCCAAAUGUACUACAAAGAUGAGGAUGAAGACAUGAUUGCCUUCUCUUCUGAUAAUGAGCUCAUGAUGGGACUGGCUAUGGUGAAGGACGAUACCUUCCGCAUUUUCAUCAAGGAAAAAAAGGAGCACAAGCGUGACUUCCCACAUCAUAUGGACCAAGGGUUCCCCUUCCCCCCUCCUCCAGGACCUCAUCACAUGGGUCCUCAAGGACACCCUCCUAUGGGUCCACCCCAUAUGGGUCCACCCUUUAUGGGUCCACCUCAUCACCAACUCAUGGUUCACCCUGGUGUGACUUGUGAUGGUUGUGAGGGCCAAGUGGCUGGGACCCGCUUCAAGUGCACCGUGUGCCCCAAUUAUGACCUGUGCUCCACCUGCCAGGCCAAGGGCCUCCACAAGGAACAUGCUCUCCUGCCCAUUUUUCACCCCAUGACCAAUAUGUAUGAGUGGUUUCCUCGUGGCAAAUUUUGGCGCAAGAUGAGGCACUGCAUGUGGGCUGGGGCUCAAGCUCAGGCUCAGGCUCAGGCUCAGGCUCAAAACCAGGCCCAGCCCGGGCCAUCUGGUUGCCAGCCCAGCUCCCAGCAGGCUAACUCGCAGGAUGGCCAAGCUCAAAAUGGAGCCUCAUCUGCCAAGGCCAAUAUGGAGUACCUGAGGAACAUUGGAGAGGGAGUGGCUGCCUUGCUAAGCCCCCUUGGCAUCGAUGUGGACAUUGAUGUUGAGCAUGAGGGCAACAAGGCCAAAGUGACAACACCUCCUCCUGCCUCAAGUGGACCUCCUAGUGGCCGGAGUGAUGGUAGCUCUGGAGGCCAUUCCAAGGGUGCAGAUGGAGGUCCAAGCAGUGCAGGGAGUACCAAUGGGGGGAAAAAGAUGGUUUUGCUGGAUCAGAAAGACCAAAGUAACGAUGAGGAAUGGACCCAUCUGAGCUCAAAGGAAGUGGACCCAUCCACAGGCGAGCUCCAGUCACUCAGAAUGGAGGUGGAUGGAGCAAAUGAUGACCCUGCUCCACUCAGCCACAGCUCCACCUUUAACCCAGGCCCCAGUGGUCUCCGUGAAGCUGCCCACUAUCCACAUCUGCCUCAAGACGCUGACCCUCGGCUGGUGGAGUCUCUGUCCCAGAUGCUCUCCAUGGGCUUCACAGAUGAAGGUGGUUGGCUGACCAGACUGCUCCACACCAAGAACUAUGACAUUGGAGCCGCUCUGGACACCAUCCAGUACGCCAAACCCCCAGACCAACGGAAGUGAAGCAAAAACAAGGGCUCAGAAAAAUGGGGGUUACAUUUAAUUAAUCAUUUUGAAAACCCCAUGCUAACCCAUUUAACCAUCUCUGCCUUUUCUAAAUCUGUAACAAAUUCCUUUCAUAAUGCUGACAAUAUAAAUUACUCAGGCAUUUUAAAUAAUACAGAUUUCUAUUUUAUUCAAACAUGGGAAUUAACAUAAAGUUACUAUCUGAGUACAGUCACAGUGUCAUAUAUUGGCUCUAUCAGUUCACAUAUAGCACAAAAUAAUUUACAUUUACUUUCCAAACUGGUAAACUUUAAGAAAUGUCUGUGAACAUGUUCCUACUUAUAAAAUGGUAGUCAUUGUUUUAUUCUACAAGGAAAAAUCAAGAGUAUAUUUGUUAGUCAGAAUGGAAAAGAAUUGUUAUAUUCUAUACUUUUACACACUUUCCUGCCUUGUCUGUCAAAUAAAUUGUUUGCAAAGCA